AUGCAUCUCUUCGCCAACGCCGUGCCCAGGACGGCAGAGAAUUUCCGUCAAUUCUGCACCGGCGAGCACAAAGGUCCCGGCGGCAAACCGAUGGGAUACAAGGGGAGUAAGUUCCACCGAGUGAUCAAAAACUUCAUGAUCCAAGGAGGCGAUUUCCUGCACAGCGACGGCACGGGCUCCACGUCCAUCUACAACAACGCAGCCUUUGCCGACGAGUCCUUCGCCAUCAAACACACUCGUCCCUACCUUCUCUCCAUGGCCAACUCCGGCCCCAACACCAACGGGUGCCAAUUCUUCAUCACCUGCGCGGCGACGCCCUGGCUGGACAACAAACACGUCGUCUUUGGACAGGUGCUGGGCGAAGAAGAUGACGGCGGUGAAAGUAUUCGUGUGGUCAGGAUGGUUGAGAACACGAGGACCGCGGGUCCAGGCGGGCGGGGGACCGGGGAGAGGCCCGUCCUGGACGUUAGGAUCGUGGAAUGUGGAGAGAUGUAG